GGCAUGGUGGUGACAGCUGAUAAGUAAACAUUUACUCUGUUGUCACUGGGACUGCCUGGAUGCCUUUCUGCCAGUCUCAUUUUAUUUAAACAGGUUUGUGUAGGCUAACAGACUACAGUCAAUAAUUUCAGAGGCAGGAGUCCAGUAGGGAACGAGAUCUGGUCUCACAUUUUCAUCUCUCUGGACCUGGGACAUACAUGUAUUCGUUAUGAAGCUUGGAGUGAGACUGUGUGUGCUGGUGGUGUUCUCUCUCCAGCUUUGGGCUCCAGGACAGGGGCAGGAGCUGGAGCCAGAGCAGAUCCUGGCGUUCUGUGAUGACAAAGAUGUGGAGGCAGCUGUGGACUUGGCCCUAGUAAAGUAUAAUGAGAAGCUUUCUCAUGGAAAUCAACUAGCACUCUACCAGAUUCUGGAGUCCUCAAAGGUAAGUGGCUUAGUGAUUGGCUUAGAAUAUUGUAAUUUUAUAUUCAGUUAUUUAUCCUGUCCUUUUUGCAUACAUCUUGAGUUCAUUCUGUUAAUGAAGAGAGAAUACGAACAUUCCUACACCGAGUCACAGUCCAGUUUUGCGUUCCGUUCUUGUAGGCUCAGAAUGACUCGUGCACUCAGUACUUUGUGGAAUUCAAUAGCAGGGUCACUGACUGUCCAGCAGGGGGAGACAAAGUCUGGAGAGACUGUGACUACCUCCCCACCGGGAACAAGGUAACUGUACACUUGAAUAAUUUCACUAGGUGAAAAAUGUAUUGUUAUUAGAUGACAUCUCUGGGCAAUCUCAGUUUUUUCACUUUUUCUGUUUGUUUAUCAGGUGCCAAGGCCUUGUAAAGCAACAGUCCACAUGUCAGAGACAUCUAAAGAGGUCCUGGCAGUUUUCUGUGACCCAGGUAGUUCGUUUUCACUUACAUUUACAUUUUACAUUUUAGUCAUUUAGCAGACGCUCUUAUCCAGAGCGACUUACAGUUAGUGAGUGCAUACAUUUUCAUACUUCACACCAAUUAGACCAAGCCAUACAACACAGACAGGUCUAUUUCUAGACAACCCAAUAAAUAUUGACCAUACAAUGACUCAUGCUGCAGAAUAUUUAUUUUCAGUGAUUCGAAUCACCCAAACAUUCUGGAAAAAAUGUGGCUAAAAUCAUUUUCAAUUGAGCAGCUGAGACAAACUGAGAUACUGACAACCCUCUCUGUCUUCCAGUGGAGGCCCCUGUUGUUGCUGAACGCACCACAUGUCUGGGGUGUCCUAGGGAGAUUGAUGUGGAUAGUGAGGACCUGAAGGAUCCCUUGACAUACUCCAUCACCAGGUUCAAUGCUGAUUCUGACUCCAGCCACCACUUCAUCCUGAACAGUGUUGGUUUCGCUACUAGACAGGUACAUGUAAAUCAGUUGCAAAGGCUAGCCAACUACACCCUCUGGUGGAAGGUUGAGCACCAAGACUCUAAACACCUAAUUCAAUUCAUGCCCGAUUCACACUAUUGGGCCCAACCAAGCCAAACCAUGCUGAGCUGAACUAGGCCAGGGCUGGCCUGGUUACGCAUCCACCAUAGCUGCUGAACCCAUGCUGUAAAGGGCCAUGUGAAAAGAAAAUAUCAGAGCCAGGAUUGUACGGUUGGGGCCUUAUAGUGUGAAUCAAGUAACAGAGUAACCAGUUGGGAUCAGGGGUAUUGGGCCUUACAACAAUGACAAACAACACAAAGAGACAGAGAUUUAGAAAAAAUAUCAUAUUUUGUAAGAAGAUAAGUAUCUUUGCUCAUUACUUCCAAUGGAAAUAUGCCAAAUCAUCACCUUGGUUCUGGCAUUGGGAGGUGUGGUGCGUGUGGCCAAAUGUAUCUCUAUGGUUGUGACCGUUGGACUGCAAUGCACUUGUUUGCUUUACGAGUGUCAUUCCAGAGUUCGUUGGGGCCUCCCCCCAACGAACUCUGGAAUGACACUCGUAACUCAAACUACUGUAUUUGAAUAACUUCUACUUUCUUUCACAUGCUCUUCUCAGGUGGUUUCUGGAUUCAGGUAUAGACUGAUGUUCGAUAUGAGGAAAAGCAAUUGCUCCAAAGCGGACCACAAAGAGCUGAACGAUGAAUGUCAUCCAGAUCCUGAUGUGGUAAACUACAUUGGAGCUCAUAGUAUUUUUUGAAUAGCCUACUGUAUUUGAUCUAAUAUAUGAUUCUGGUGUUGUAAUACUUCUGUAUGUAAAUGAAAUACUUUUUAUAAUACUUUUGUGGUAUCAAUGUGGUAUCAUAACAUUUCACUGUAAUGUGUUGUAUCAUGAAUGCUUGUCCCUGGCAUCGCUAUCAUCUUGUAUGCUAUCGCUCUAGGAACUCGCUCACUGCAAUUCCACAGUAGAUAUGGCACCUUGGAGGCAUGAGACUGCAGAAGCAAAUGUGGAAUGUGCACCGGGUCCCCUUGAGACUUUUGUGAGACAUUGUGCAAACUAUACUACUACAGCAUAUUAAUGAUGCACAGAAAAUCGGAUAAAUUAAUAGGGUGGUGAUGUGUAGCUAUACAUUUGGGGGAUUUGUGCUAAAUGAGGGAGGAUUUUGACAUGAAAAAUCUUUCCAUUCACAGGAAGUCUUUAGAAGAAGACCUCCUGGAUGGUCUCCCUUGAGGAACUUCAACAAUUUUGAUGAAGUUAAAACAACCCAAGCCUCUACUGCUUCAGCCAAAGAGGAGUCAUCAGAGGAGUCUCAGGAGCGCAGCCCGACUGCUGUGACCAUGGCUAGAACAGACCCAGAGUCAGCCCUGCUUUCUGUGGCCCCCACUGCUGCUGAGAGCCCCUUCCACUGCCCCUCCAAGCCCUGGAAGCAGUUUGUCCCCCCAACAAUCCCGAGCCCUGAACAGGAGGAAAGCACAACACCUUUGCCAGUGGUAGAGGGGGGCUUAAGUGAUUUAGAGUUGCUGUGGAAAAAAUAAGUGCAUGCUCUAUAGUGCAUUUGUAUCAUAAGCACACCUGCUGAUUUGAAAUAAAAAAGAACCAUGCUUUUAUUAUCUCUUUUUGACAAUGCAGUUCAAUCUUGCUUUUGUAUUCCCUCAAAUUUGUCAAAGUGCAUCUUGACUGUUUAGCCAUUUGAUACAAAAAAAUAAAUAACUAAAUGUAUUAAAUUGUGCUGUGUGCUGUUGUUCUGUAAAGCAACACACUAUCCACAAAUGCAAGUACUUAACUGAGAAGUUUAUUUGUACAUUGUCACAUAACACUCAAAUAAUUCUAGUCAGUCUGGAUACAAUGCAAGUAUUUAACUGAGGAACAAACUGAAACACGAAGUAUACUGGUUAGAAGUUGGAAGUAUUAUUACAUUUACAUUUACAUUUUAGUCAUUUAGCAGACGCUCUUAUCCAGAGCGACUUACAGUUAUUGAAUGCAUACAUUAUUUUUAUUUUAUUUUUCAUACUGGCCCCCCGUGGGAAUCAAACCCACAACCCUGGCGUUGCAAACACCAUGCUCUACCAACUGAGCUACAUCCCUGCCGGCCAUUCCCUCCCCUACCCUGGACGACGCUGGGCCAAUUGUGUGCCGCCCCAUGGGCCUCCCGGUCGCGGCCGGCUACGACAGAGCCUGGAUUCGAACCAGGAUCUCUAGUGGCACAGCUACUAGACCACUGCGCCACUCGGGAGCCAAGUCAACCAAUAAUGCAAUUGGAAUGUAUGUAGUCAAAUGCAAUACAUCAAUACUAUAAUCACCCAGUCUCAGAUCCUUCAUAAUAUGCAGUUACAUACAUAUUACAUAUUUCAUAACAUGUCGAUACAUUACAUUAUCAUUACUGUGUGAUUUUGGCCUGUAACUCCUUCAAACACUCCAGGCUUGCCUCAGGGCCAUCCUCCGAGGUUACGAACCCAGGAUAGGUGGCACUAAACUGGGCCUGAGGAGGUGGAGAGCUGCUGGUGGUGGUGGUAGAGCCCCCAUCAACCUUCCGGGUUGCAAGUGCCAAACUUGUAUAAUCUGCCUCUUCGAGUCUAAAUAUAUCCGAGGUCAGAGGUCGACGGGGGACCAGUACAGUGAGACCGGGGGCGUUGGGGAAGGGGCUGAGGAACGCCACGUGUCCCUCAUUCUCCCACACCCUCCACUGCUGCUCUUCUCCACGGACGAUCCGGGAGAAGAGGCCGGGGUGCGAAGGGUCUUCCCCCAGGAAGGUGAGGUUUGGUAGGGCAUCGGGGGCAGGGAGCUGGGCCCGGAUCUCGGCCUGGAUCUCCUGGAGGGAUGUGUCAGUCCAGCGAGGGCCGCUUUUAGAGGUGACGUAGCCGGGGUCGUGGUGUGUGUAGUGCUCGUCUCCUGCCAGGUGGGGGCGCCACUCGCUGUCCAGGCCGUGUAGUGGCAGCACCCGGAUCUGGGGUGGACUAUGACUGUCUGGGCAGGGCCUGCAGACCAGGGCACAUCUCUUCACCCCCAGCCUCUCACACAGCAGGGCCCCCACCGCCCUGGCCCCCAGCAGCAGCCCCAGGUAGGCUCCCUCCCCCAGCCUGAAGAGACUGCCCUGAGCUGGGCUUGGUUCCUCACCGGGGCCCCUGGGGGUCUUCGGCUCCAGGAUGGUAGUGCCUGGGGUCCAUGGCCGGGGGUGGAGGUAGGCCACCAGCUCCUCUGUCUCCCAGAUCACAUGACGAGGUUGGGGAAGAGAUGACAUCCUGAUGGAGGAAGGGAACAAGGGGAAAAGACAGAGGGGAGGAAGAGAGGGAGGGAAGGAGAGGGGGGGAGAAAGAGGGAAAUAGAGGGGGAGAAAGAUGGGAAGUUUACUGUACCUUCUUAGAAACCGUACAAGCAGCAUACAGCAAGAACGUGGAUUCAAAAUGACUUUCGUCGGUUCUUGGUGUUCAUUCAAAAGAGUUCAAAAUGAUGGAGGUGGGCGCUGUAUACCGUAACAACAACCUUUGUUCCGUCAACUUUCUGUUUCUCGUAAAAGCUGUGGCCGUGUUCGAGAGCAUCAAAACCGUGAUGUAACAUGAGUAAAUUCUGACUGACUGACUGAUCUACAAAUAACAAUAACGUUAUUUAUGAUGCAGGGUGAUUUGUAGAUCAGUGAGUCGGCAGUCACCCGCGCUGUCGGCUGCAAUGUCGAACAAGUUAGUAGUUAUUAGUUGUUCCUAUAGCGCCAAACUGUUUUUAUAGCUGCUUAGCAGAAUAUUAUUUUAACCAACUCUCAUGCAAGAUGGCUGUGUAAUAAUACAAUUAUAGUAACGUUGUUGAUAGUAAUGACAAAAUACAGUAUAUGAAAAAUAUAAUUAAAUAUGUCUAUAAACCUGUCAGAAUAAAAGUACUGUAUUAAAUAAAGAGGUAUACAAAG